CGUUACUAGGCUCCUGGGCCGCUCCCGGCCAGCGAGGGCUGCGAAAGGAGUUGUAGCCUGGUUAAGAAUCAUUGCUGAGGAACGACUACAGUCAUAUGGAGCAUGUACACCAGAGAAUCAAAAAGUGAACAUUUGGAGGAUGAAAACUUCCAAACAUCUACAACUCCUCAGGGUCUCAUUGAUCCUAAUAGUAUUGCACAUGGAGAAACUAAAACUGUCCUAUCAGAUACAGAAGAAACAAAACCACAGACAAAAAAGAAGACAUACAUUUCUUGUCCUCUAAGAGGAGUAUUGAAUGUAAUCAUUACAAAUGGAGUUAUACUCAUUACGAUUUGGUGUAUGACCUGGUCAAUCUUAGGCUCAGAAGCUCUCCCUGGUGGAAAUUUGUUUGGAUUGUUAAUUAUUUUUUAUAGCGCCAUUAUUGGGGGAAAAUUUGUAGAACUCAUUAGAAUACCUUUAGUGCCUCCACUUCCACCUCUUCUUGGGAUGUUGCUGGCUGGUUUUAUGAUUAGGAAUGUUCCAUUCAUCAGUAAACAUGUCCAUGUCGAUAGCACGUUGUCUUCAGUUUUAAGAAACAUUGCCCUUACUGUUAUUCUAAUACGAGCUGGACUUGGACUUAAUCCACAGGCUUUGAAGCAAUUGAAGGGAGUUUGUUUCAGAUUGGCAGUAGGUCCAUGCCUUAUAGAGGCAAGUGCAGCCGCUGUUUUUUCCCACUUCAUUAUGAAAUUUCCCUGGCAAUGGGCAUUUCUAUUAGGUUUUGUUCUAGGUGCUGUCUCUCCUGCUGUUGUUGUCCCUUCCAUGUUGCUGUUGCAAGAAAAUGGAUAUGGUAUUAACAAAGGCAUUCCAACCUUACUAAUGGCUGCUAGCAGUAUGGAUGACAUUCUGGCUAUCACUGGAUUCAAUACAUGCUUGAGCAUAGUCUUUUCCACGGGUAGUAUAGUUCAUAAUAUCCUAUCCUCUAUAAGGAACGUAUCUAUUAGUCUGCUGGCAGGAACUGUUUUGGGAUUUUUUCUUCAAUAUUUUCCAAGUGAAGACCAGGAAGAACUUUCAUUGAAGAGAGGAUUUCUUGUUUUGACUAUGUGUGUUUCUGCUGUCUUAGGCAGCCAACGUAUUGGUUUACUUGGAUCUGGAGGAUUAUGCACACUAAUGUUGACUUUCAUUGCAGGGACAAAAUGGUCCCAAGGAAAGAUGAAAGUCCAAAAGAUUAUUACAAAUGUAUGGGAUAUUUUUCAACCACUUCUUUUUGGUUUAGUUGGAGCAGAAGUAUCUGUUUCAUCUCUUGAAUCAAAUACUGUUGGCAUAUCUGUUGCUACUGUGAGUUUGGCAUUAUGUGUUCGAAUUUUAAUCACAUAUCUAUUGAUGUGCUUUGCUGGUUUUAGUUUUAAAGAGAAAAUAUUUAUUGCUUUCGCAUGGAUGCCCAAAGCUACAGUCCAGAUUAAUCAAGCUAUCCUUCUGUUGUUUUUUCUUCGGGAGGAAUGGACGAACUGCAAGGUAGCCAAGAAGUGCAAGUACACCAAGGAAAGGCAAUAACCGAAGCCAUUCUGAAACUAA